UUGUCUGGUUUAUUUCAAUUUAAUGGUUAUGUAACGACUGUCCGUCUCCGCUACCAACUCGUGCACCGCCCCCCCCCCCCCCGCCCCAGGUCGCCCGCGCCACGCACUGGAGACUGGCGGCAUGGCCGGCCCAAAGUGCGCAGGCGCACUAGCCCCGGCGGUGCUUCCGUGUCUGCGCCCUGAGACCUUUUUGGCGCCGGCCCCGGCGUGAACGGGGACGGCGGCCGGGAGGGCGCGGUCCAGGUUCCCGUUCCCCGCGAAGCCAUGCGGUACAACGAGAAGGAGCUGCAGGCGCUGUCCCGGCAGCCGGCCGAGAUGGCGGCCGAGCUGGGCAUGAGGGGCCCCAAGAAGGGCAGCGUGCUGAAGCGGCGGCUGGUGAAGCUGGUGGUGAAUUUCCUCUUCUACUUCCGGACAGACGAGGCAGAGGUAGGGGCGUCGAGGGCGCGCGGGCGGGUCCCAGGCUGGGGCCCCGCGGAGGCCGGGUGCUCACCGCUCCGUCCCGGCGCCCGUGUCUCCUCCAGCCCGUCGGAGCCCUGCUUCUGGAGCGGUGCAGAGUCAUCCGGGAAGAGCCCGGCGCCUUCUCCAUCACUACGAGUUCAUGCGGCGAAGCCUCGUCUUCUACAGGAACGAAAUCCGGAAGGUGACAGGCAAGGACCCCCUGGAGCAGUUCGGCAUAUCCGAGGAGGCCAGGUUCCAGCUGAGUGGCUUGCAGGCAUGAGCGCAGGGCAUGGCGGUCGGCGUGCAGCUGGACAGGACUGGCCCUGCCCGGCCGUGAGUCGCUUGGCCAUGCCUGGAUUUUGUUUGGUUUUUGGUUUUUGGAUCAAGGUCUCACUGUGUUGCCCAGGCUAGAGUGCAGUGGUGCCACAGCUCACUGUGACCUUGACCUUCUGGACUCACGUGAUCCCCUUGCCUCAGCUUCCCAAGUCGCUGGGGUCACAGGCAUGAGCCGUCACACCCAGCCAUCACACCUGGAUUUUGGUGGGAGGUUUUUGGUUUGGAGACAUCCAAAGCCUGAAGCCAGCUGGGUGUGGGCAGGGGCUGCAUUUUGUGAAACUGCCCAGCAAGCUGCCCUCUCCGGGGCCCCAGGACCCACCUGACUGGCCUGGCACCUGGUGCCAAGUGCUGCUGCAGGAUACACACCCUCCCACGGGUGCCCCGCCUGAGUUGUGUGCAUCCGGGGCCUGGCGAGCCCCUGGGCUGGUGGCGUGGCGCCCUGCCCCUGCUGAUGAAUGUACAGAGCCAAAGCUGUGAAUGGCAUGGGGGCCGAGCCCCCACCAGCUGUGAAUUCUCCUGCAGACAGGAGGGCCCUGGUUGUGCGCCUGGGGAACUGGUUGCCCUGGGGUCAGGGUGCUUGUGUUCAAAUAAAGGUACCUCUUUUCCACA